UUUUGCAUCGUGUGUAUUACUGUGAAGUGUUGGAUUAUCUGUUGUUUUAAGACAGCUUUUAUUUUUUCGCACUGGAUAGUAGAAGUUGUACAAGCUGAGGACACCUUUUUGUGUCAGGAUGGGAGACAAAGGAUUUGAAUCGCUUCGUCUGAUCUUCUGCUUUUCUUCCUUUAUUGUAACGCUGCACCUCGUUCAUGGAGACCUGAGUUAUUCUAUUUCAGAAGAGAUUAAACGCGACUCUGUUAUUGGAAAUCUAGCCAAAGAUCUCGGUCUUGAUCUGAGGACCUUAUCUUCCCGAAAGGCCCGUGUUGAUUUUGAGGGGACUCGUAAACGGUACUGUGAUAUUAAUCUGAGUACUGGAGAGUUGGUCACAUCGGAAAGAAUGGACAGAGAAAGCCUUUGUGGCAAGAAACCCUCGUGUGUUGUGAAAGUAGAUCUAGUGUUAGAAAAUCCUCUGGAGCUUCAUCGACUAAGUCUUCAUGUUCAAGAUGUAAACGACAACUCGCCAAAAUUCAAAAAACAAUUGAUUAAAAUGGAAAUAAGCGAGUCAGCUGAAAAGGGUAACCGCUUCUCUAUCGAGGAGGCCCAUGACGCAGAUAUAGGUCAAAAUGCUGUUCAAAGGUACAGCCUACAAAAGAACGACAACUUUAUUCUCGCUGUUGACAGCAACAAGGUUGAACUCGUGCUAGAUAGCAAACUGGAUCGAGAAAAGCAAAACGAGAUUAAUUUGCUUCUCACAGCUCUAGAUGGUGGCUCUCCUCAGAGAUCAGGUACUGUAGUCAUACACGUCACUGUACUGGAUGCUAAUGAUAACGCCCCAGUGUUUAGCCAGGCCGUUUAUAAAGCCAGUCUGCCUGAGAACUCUCCUCCAGAUACCAUAGUGAUUAAUGUUAGUGCUACUGACGCAGAUGAAGGACUGAAUGGAGAUGUGACUUAUGAUUUAAGCCAUGUGUCUGAUGACGAUGUUAAUGUAUUUUCUAUCGAUCCUAAAACUGGAGAAAUUAGAGUAACUGGAGCGAUUGACUAUGAAGAAAUUUGUUCUUUUGAAAUGAGAGUGGAAUCUAAAGAUGGUUUAGGACUUACCUCUUACGCAAAAGUUUUAAUAGAUGUUACUGAUAUGAAUGAUAAUGCUCCAGUUAUAUAUCUUAAAUCGAUGACUAACCCCAUACCUGAGAACAUGUCACCUGGUACAGAGGUGGGCAUCGUUAACGUGCAGGACAGAGACUCUGAGAAUAACGGACAGGUCCUCUGCUCCAUUGAGCAAGGCGUCCCUUUUAAGUUGGUCCCUUCUAUUAAAAACUAUUAUUCUCUGGUGACCACAGGACAACUGGACCGUGAACUAGUGUCUGAUUACAACAUUACAAUCACUGCCACUGACGAGGGCUCUCCACCUCUGUCCUCCUCUAAAACUGUUCAGUUAUUUGUAGCAGACAUCAACGACAACCCACCUGCGUUUGAGGAACAGUCGUACAGCGCAUAUGUGACUGAAAAUAACAAACCUGGCUCCACUUUAUGUUCCGUUACUGCUCGAGACCCCGACUGGAGACAAAACGGUACAGUGAUUUAUUCUCUGUUACCCGGUGAGGUGAACGGUGCCCCGGUGUCCUCCUAUCUAUCUGUUAACGGAGACACGGGGGUGAUCCACGCUGUGAGGUCGUUUGAUUAUGAACAGUUCAGGAGUUUUAAAGUCCACGUGAUGGCCAGAGACAACGGUUCUCCUCCGCUCAGCAGCAACGUGACCGUCAGUGUCUUCAUAUCGGAUGUGAAUGACAACUCUCCUCAGAUACUGUACCCCGCCCCGGAGGGCAACUCCUUCAUGACCGAGCUGGUCCCCAAAGCUGCACUCGGAGGCUCUCUGGUGUCCAAAGUGAUAGCGGUGGACGCGGACUCCGGACAGAACGCCUGGCUGUCCUAUCAUAUAGUCAAAUCCACUGAUCCGGGACUUUUCACUAUUGGUCUCCACAGCGGAGAGAUCAGGACACAGCGGGACAUUUCUGAGUCUGACAGCAUGAAACAGAACCUUAUUGUAGCAGUGAAAGAUAACGGACAGCCCUCUCUCUCUGCCACCUGUUCCAUGUAUUUACUCAUUUCUGAUAACUUGGCUGAGGUGCCAGAACUGAAGGAUAUUUCUUACGAUGAGAAGAACUCCAAACUGACCUCUUAUCUGAUCAUCGCGCUGGUGUCUGUGUCCACCUUUUUUCUGACCUUCAUUAUCAUCAUCCUGGGUGUGAGGUUUUGUCGCAGGAGAAAGCCCAGACUGUUGUUUGAUGGAGCAGUUGCCAUCCCCAGCGCUUAUCUCCCUCCUAAUUACGCAGAUGUUGACGGCACAAGAACUUUACGCAGCGCUUACAAUUAUGACGCCUACCUGACAACAGGUUCUAGAACCAGUGACUUUAAGUUUGUGACGUCUUACAAUGACAACACACUGCCUGCUGACCAGACUCUGAGGAAAAGUCCUUCUGACUUUGCUGAUGCGUUUGGAGCAUCACAUGAUUCACUGGAGCUUUGGAAGUACAUCAUGAGCAUGGUAGCUCCCUAA